AUGCCGGAAAGACGCCAGAUCGAGCUGGGAGACGCACGACCAUCGCCGGGGAAGGCGCUCACUCAACACCACUGCCCUCACUGCGACAAGGCGUAUGAGCGACCGGAUCAUUUGGCCCGGCAUCUGGAUUCACACCGGAAUGAACGUGUAUAUCAAUGCCCGAUCUGUCAGCGAGGCUUCAAUCGCCGAGAUGUCUUGCAGCGACAUCAAGCAGUGCAUGAAAAGGACGAGGCCGACGGAAAGCCUUCAAGAAGGACCAAGGAGCGUGCCGUCAAAGCAUGCGAAGCGUGCGCCACCGCAAAGUUAAGUUGUGAUAACCAGCGACCUUGCAAACGCUGCGAAUCAAAAGGCGUGCAAUGUGUUCCACGAUCUAAGAGUGGGCGUCGAUCAAGCGCUCGGUUGUCAUUUUCUAUCUCAGCGCCCUCCUAUUCACCGCGAUCCGGACUCCAAGCGCUUGAGCAAUCUUCGUAUUCAGAGACCCCUGACUCAGGUCCAUCUGAGCAUGGUGGCCCAUCACUGUCCGGGUCUUAUCCAGCACAUGUCCAGGAGAUGUUCCAUGCCGCUAUGACCCCUAUAAACGGUGAAGGGACAAUGGAAAGUCUCCCAAUCUCGACAGGUGUGCCGGUUUACUCGCCGCUCAACGGCUUUCCCGCCUUCUUCGAACAGGUGAUGUUGCCCGGCCCCGAGGUCAACGAGAAUGUGCCAACUACACAGCAACCGCGGGUCUUUGAUUUCACUCAGGACACCGAGUUCAGUCUCUCCGAUAACGAUAUCUUUGGCAUUGAUUUCAUACCUGAGCUCGACAAGAUUCUCGACGUUCCGCUUCCCCCUCUGACUUUGAGGACACUCGACAAAUACUUCUCGAUGAUCAAGAGUCUGCAAGCCAGCGCGCAGCUGCGUUCGGCCGUUCUGCUUUGGAUUCCUGAGAAGAAUCAACAUGCGUUUAGCGAUGAACAACGCCUUCCGCUGCGGGAUGGUGACAGCAUUUCCUCCAUGAACCAAAACCAGAUAGACACUAUGAAGAUCCCGGGUCGUCUCUCCCAUCAAGCUCGCGAUGACAUUCUCAAGAUUGUUCUUCGAACAGGCGGCUCACGAUUAUCUGUCUCGACCUUCCCGUCCGCAGACUACUUGGACACAUUAAUCAAGAUCGGUAUCGGCAAGCGAACAGAAACAGACGCGUGGAUUCACCCUUAUACUUUUUACGAUGCGAAUUAUCAACAGCUUCGGCCGGAACUACUGACGGCGCUUGUUGCAGCAGGCUGCGUUUGCUGUGGGAUGCCAUCAAUUAACAAGACGGGCAUUGUGCUGCAGGAGAUCACGCGGGUGAGCCUUGCACAGUUGGUUGAAGAGGAUAAUAGUGUACUUCGAGAUCUACAGUACUUACAGGCCUCGAUGAUCUGGCUGGAUAUUGGUGUAUUCUGCGGCUACACUCGGAAAAUGCAGAUCGCAGAGAGCUAUCUACAACCGCUUGUUACAGCCCUUCGCCGCGGUGCUGCGUUCGACCGGUCGACCUAUACGGCCAUUACUCCCCAUACAUUUGGAAAUAGUGAAGAAUCCCUUCAACGGGCCUGGUACGCCUGGGUGCGACAGGAAUCUCUAAGGAGGCUUGUCUAUCAUCUUUUCGCUCAUGACGUGGGCGUUGCUGCGGCAAUGAACCGUCCUGCGUUGAUGUCCUACACCGAGCUGACGCUGUCUUUUCCUUCUGCGAGAGACCUGUGGCUGGCCCCUACUGCCCACACUUGGAGAGAGCUCUGGGUGACAAAAUACCGAGGUGCCACAAGCUCCGAGAUCAACCUACGGGAGUUGUUAUCUGACCCAUCUAUUCUCGUACAAUUGCCCGUUGACCUUGACUUGGAAAUCGCGACGACCGCUAUCUUGCAAGCGCUGGCCUUGCAGGUAUGGGAAUUUCGCCAACAAAUGCUUGUUGCCCAGGACUCGCGCUCGGGUCAACGUGCGACAAACCGUUUGUGGCUUCAGAGCCGUCAAGACGACCUAUACAUGACACUUCAAGCCGUGCAACAAGACUCGCGCAAUCCACUCCCCGUGACCACUUUAUUCAAUGAAUUUACCAUGAUGUCUCUCCACAUUGACAUGGACGCCGUCCAACGCUUCGUCGGAAAAAUGGGCGAGGUGGAGGCACGCCGCGCGUAUCCGGGACUGCGGGACUGGAGCCGGACGAAGGAAGCCCGCAAAGCCAUUUGGCAUGCUGGGCAAGUGAUUCGCGCCGCCCGAAAUGUAGCGUUCUUCCAGCUACGGGGAUUUGAUUCUCUCUCCUUAUACAACGCCACAUUGGUCCUCUGGGUGUAUGGCUUACUUCAAUGCGGCGAGAACAAGCGACACGAGGUAGCUACGCCAUUGAGAGAGGCCGGGUCUGCAACCCAGGUCUCUCUUGAUGGCCUUGAAGAUCCAGCUAUCAAGUCAUUUCUCAACCACGGCAUCGGUCGACCUGGGUUGAUGAUGCUCCAGUCCCGUGAUGGGCAAAGUGAAGAGGUCCCAGUUUUCUGCGAAUUACACAAGCCCCGAACAGUCAUGGCCGUGGCUCGGCAGGUCUUCAAAGGCAACUGCCCACGGUCUUCGCCUGAUGAUAUGCUGCCUCCUAUGAUUCACAAUAUCUGCGCUCUGAUUGAAGAUCUGGGGACUUUAGUAUGA